CAGAACGCGCAUGCGCAGGGUCGGUCAAUGGCGGCUCGGAGACGGGCGGAAGCUAGUUUUGCAACAUGGCGGCCGAAGCAGACGGCCCGCUUAAACGGGCGCUGGUACCGCUUCUCUUACCUGAGAAAUGCUACGACCAAAUUUUCGUCCACUGGGACUUGCUUCACGUCCCCUGCCUCAAGAUCCUGCUCAGCAAAGGCCUGGGUCUGGGCAUUGUGGCUGGGUCACUGCUGGUAAAACUGCCGCAGGUGUUUAAAAUCCUGAGAGCCAAGAGUGCCGAAGGGUUGAGCCUUCAGUCAGUAACGCUAGAACUAGUGGCACUGACAGGGACCAUGGUCUACAGCAUCACCAACAACUUCCCAUUCAGCUCUUGGGGAGAAGCCCUGUUCCUGAUGUUCCAGACUAUCACCAUCUGCUUCCUGGUCCUGCACUACAGAGGACAGACCGUGCAAGCUGCUCCAGGCUGCCACCAACUACCGGAACGGACACACGGGCCAGCUCUCAGCCAUCACCGUCUUUCUGCUGUUUGCAGGGUCCUUGGCCAGAAUCUUCACCUCUAUUCAGGAGACGGGAGACCCUCUCAUGGCGGGCACCUUCGUGGUCUCUUCUCUCUGCAACGGCCUCAUCGCCGGCCAGCUCCUCUUCUACUGGAACGCAAAGGCCGGCCACGGGAAGAAAGAGCAGUAGGGCGGAGCUGGUUCCUGGAGCGUGUUCCAGGUCUCUUCCAGUUGUCCCCCCAGCCUCGGGGUUGUUCCCAUCCGGACCAGCCUGCUUGUGGGACCUCUUCUCAUUCUUCAUUCCUCUGCGGCUGUGACAGCCUUGAGCCAGGGUUUUGGUGGGAAUGUGUAUCCUUUGAAGGGAUGGGCGUCGGGAUUUUCAGGCUGACACUUUGCACGGCGCCGCGCAUGUACUAUUAACUCAUUUAAUCCUUCGCACACUUCUCCAGCAGCAACCCCCAGGUAUUUAGGUAUCUCUGGGGCCGAAGUCGGCCCUGCGCUCCCCCAGUGGCCCUGGAGAGCAGAGUCUGCCGAUGGAUGGCAUCUGGGGGCCUGGGGCUGCUGCCUCCCUCCCCGAACCUGGUUGGGACGGCCUCCAGGACCCCAGUGCUGGCUGGGGGUGGGGCGGGGGGGGGGGGAUGGAGAGUGACUCAGGCAGGGCCGCAGGGUGGGGUGAGACAGUUCCUGCUCUGGCAGGUCCAGGCGGAAGGGAGCGGAGACUGCUGGUUCCUGCUGCAGUGAGGGGGGAACAGACACGGGGCAAUAAAGACGCCGAGACAUGGUUUAAUU